CACGUGGAAGAAUCAACAUCCCAAACGCUACCCUCCUAGAGGCCAGAAUCAUGCCUUGUCGAAUCCAUCGCACCUGGACGCUUUACCAUUAAAAUGCUUCUUCCAUCGUGCUUCAUCAGACCAUCACUUCGGACCCCCCUUUACAAACCCUCACACUGGACUCACAUUUCUCCAAUUAACCACCACAACCUCCGCCGCCUAUCUUUUAGGGCAGCGUCAAUUUCAACUGCUUCCACCGUUGAAGAACAAGCCUCUGCUAUGGCUCAAGAUGGAUCCACACGUCAGCAUCCCUUACAGGUCGCAAAACGCUUAGAGAAAUUCAAAACCACAAUUUUCACACAAAUGAGUUCACUCGCCAUAGAACACGGAGCAAUAAACCUAGGUCAAGGAUUCCCCAAUUUCGACGGGCCCGAUUUUGUCAAAGAAGUCGCCAUUCAAGCUAUAAAAGAUGGAAAAAACCAAUACGCCCGCGGAUUCGGUGUCCCCGAUCUCAACUCAGCUAUCGCAGACCGCUUCCAUAAAGACACCGGGCUCACAGUCAACCCGGAAAAAGAAAUAACCGUCACUUCCGGUUGCACAGAAGCCAUUGCCGCCACUAUUUUAGGGUUAAUUAACCCCGGAGACGAAGUAAUCGUUUUCGCCCCGUUUUAUGAUUCUUAUGAAGCCACUUUAUCAAUGGCGGGUGCCAAAAUUACAUGCAUUACCCUUCGUCCUCCGGAUUUCUCUCUUCCGAUCGAAGAGCUAAAAUCGAAAGUUUCUAAAAAUACCCGCGCGAUUCUCAUGAACACUCCGCAUAACCCGACGGGAAAAAUGUUUACACGUGAAGAACUUGAUCAAAUUGCAUCAUUAUGCAUCGAAAACGACGUUUUAGUCUUUAGUGACGAAGUUUACGACAAAUUAUCGUUCGAAAUGGAUCAUAUAUCUAUUGCUUCACUCCCCGGGAUGUAUGAGAGAACCGUGACGUUAAAUUCGUUAGGAAAAACGUUUUCUUUAACGGGGUGGAAAAUCGGGUGGGCCAUAGCUCCAACACACUUAAUUUGGGGUGUUAAACAAGCCCAUUCUUACCUCACGUUUGCCACCUCGACACCUAUGCAAUAUGCUGCUGCUGCGGCUUUACGGGCCCCGGAUUCUUACUAUGAGGAGUUAAGGAAAGAUUACAAGGCGAAAAAGGAGAUAUUGGUGGAGGGUUUGAAGAGUGUCGGGUUUAAUGUUUAUCCCUCGAGUGGGACCUACUUUGUGGUGGUGGAUCAUACCCCGUUUGGGCUUCCUAACGAUGUGGCGUUUUGUGAGUACUUGAUUAAGGAAGUUGGUGUUGUAGCGAUUCCGACAAGCGUGUUUUAUUUGGACCCAAGUGAGGGGAAGAAUCUGGUGAGGUUUACUUUUUGCAAAGAUGAGGAGACACUUAGGAGUGCUGUUGCAAGAAUGAAAGAGCGACUCCCACGUAAGUGAUGCUUACGGGCGAUUAAGAGGUAGGGGUAUGUAGUGAUGUCUUCAUGUUAUGUCUAUGUGUUGCCCUGUUUAAUUUAUGUAUUUGGUUACAUUGUACUCCUUUUAAAUAAAAUCUGAAGACAUUGUGUUCUGGAUCCUGAUAGUUUCGGUCUUGGACUAAGAACUGGUUUCAUAAAGCUUUGAAAACCGAGAAUCAAACCGGACAUAACCGGUUCUGAUCUUGUCUGGUCUGAGCUUUGAUUCUUCA